AUGCUUCAACCUGGAUUCAAGACCAUCAUAUUUUUAUCGAUCAUUCUAGCUCUCGGGUUUCUCCUCGUCAUUCUAAGCUGUGCUUUAUGGGCAGAAUGGCUACCACUGCUAGUUGCAUUAACGUUUUUCACAGCUCCUAUACCGAAUAUGAUAGCUUCGAGCUAUUGUGGUGGAGCAGACUACGAACUAUCGAUUGAUUACUCGUCAAUCCCCAAAGAAACGGCGGAUUUCUUCACAAGCGUCCUGCUGACUACCGGUGUUGCAUUGCCCCUCGUCCUGGCUCAUUCAGAUCUCAUCAACCAAUCGGCUUGUUACAUGAGUAUGGCAGGCGGUGCUUUAGUCUAUGGGACAAUUGUGACGUAUUCUCACUUCUUUUCACCCAAGGAUGAGUUCUGA